AGUCAGUCUACCAUAAUCUCGCUACACGCCUCUAGAGAAUACAAUCUUCUGAUUUCAAGAUGCCUAUUGAUCUUUAUCAACUUCCUGGAAGUCCGCCAUGUCGGGCCGUACUCUUGACGGCGGCGGCCUUAGAAGUGGAUUUAAAUCUGAAAAAGGUGAAUCUCGCUACCGGCGAACACCUAAAACCUGAAUUUAUUAAGAUGAACCCACAACAUACAAUACCUACAUUGGAUGAUGGCGGUCUUUAUUUGUGUGAAAGUCGUGCGAUUAUGACCUACCUAGCCAAUCAAUAUGGCAAGAAAGAUUCUCUCUAUCCAAAAGAUCCAAAAAAACGAGCUUUGGUUGAUCAGAGAUUAUUCUUCGAUUUGGGAACGCUGUAUAAAUCAUUCUCCGAUUAUUAUUAUCCGAUAAUGCUCACCGGCGCAACUCCACAAAAAGCAACAUACGAUAAGAUAAACGAUGCCUUAACUUUCUUGAAUAAAUUCCUAGAAGGAGAAAAUUAUGUAGCAGGAAAAACUCUAACUCUCGCUGAUCUUACCUUGGUCGUCACUGUUUCUAAUUUUAAGCUUAUGGACUAUGACUUGAGUAAAUAUAGUAACAUUCUGAGAUGGUAUUCUAAGAUCCAAGCCGAAGCUCCUAAAUACAAUGAAAUCGAAAGUGUCGGUAUGAAGGCGUUCGCAGAUUUCGCCGAACCCUUUAAAAAAAAAUAUUUCAAGAUGCCCAUCGAUCUUUACCAACUUACCGGAAGUCCGCCAUGUCGGGCCGUUCUUUUAACAGCGGCAGCUGUAGGAGUGGAUUUAAAUGUGAAAAACGUGGAUCUCUCUGCCGGCGAACACCUAAAACCCGAAUUUAUUAAGAUGAACCCACAACAUACAGUACCUACAUUGGACGAUGAUGGCUUAUAUUUGUGUGAAAGCCGCGCAAUUAUGACCUAUCUAGUCAAUCAAUAUGGCAAGAAUGAUUCUCUGUAUCCAAAUGAUCCGAAAAAACGAGCCAUGGUUGAUCAAAAACUUUAUUUCGAUAUGGGAACUCUGUAUCGAUCGUUCGCUGAUUAUUACUAUCCAAUAAUAUUCACCGGCGUCACUCCGGAGCAAGCAAAAUAUGAUAAACUGCAUGAAGCCUUGUCUCUCUUGAAUAAAUUCCUGGAAGGGGAAAAUUAUGUAGCGGGAAAAACUCUAACUCUCGCUGAUAUUACCUUGGUCGUCUCCGUUUCUAAUUUUCCGCUUGUGGACUAUGAUUUGAGUAAAUAUAGCAACAUUCUGAGAUGGUUUAUUAAGAUCCAAGCCGAAAUUCCUAAUUACAGUGAACUCGAAAGCGUUGGUAUGAAGGCAUUCGCAAACUUCGUCGAACGCUAUAAAAAAAAGACGUAAUUUCGUCGCAUAGAUUGAAUAGCUGUACAAUGCAUUGAUACUGA